AGCUGGGUAAAAUCUAGGAAGUCUCGCUUUUUCCGGUUCUCUGUCCUGGUUCUUGUUGCCGCGUAUUCGCACCCCGAAGCAGGAAUGUCGGGUUUCAGCCCAGAGCUCAUCGACUACCUGGAAGGGAAGAUCUCCUUUGAGGAGUUCGAAAGGCGGAGAGAAGAGAGAAAAACCCGCGAGAAGAAAAGUGUUCAGGAAAAAGGAAAGUUAUUAGUUGAAGAAAAUCCACAUGACUCUGAAGUUCCAUCAUCAUCAGGAAUUGACUCCAGCAAAUCGCAGGACAAUGAGGUCAAUGAAGGAGAAACGUCAGAUGGAGUCAGUAGAUCAGUUCACAAGGUCUUUGCUUCCAUGCUUGGAGAGAAUGAAGAUGAUGAGGAGGAAGAGGAAGAAGAAGAAGAAGAGGAAGAAGAAACACCUGAGCAACCCACUGCAGGCGAUGUGUUUGUAUUGGAGAUGGUUCUCAAUCGUGAAACCAAGAAGAUGAUGAAAGAGAAAAGACCUCGAAGUAAACUUCCCAGAGCUCUGAGGGGUCUCAUGGGUGAAGCCAACAUUCGCUUUGCUCGAGGAGAACGGGAGGAGGCGAUAUUGAUGUGCAUGGAAAUCAUAAGACAAGCUCCUCUGGCUUAUGAGCCAUUCUCUACUCUGGCCAUGAUAUAUGAGGACCAAGGUGACAUGGAGAAGUCUCUGCAGUUUGAGUUGAUUGCUGCACAUUUAAAUCCCAGUGACACUGAAGAAUGGGUUAGAUUGGCAGAAAUGUCUCUGGAACAAGAUAAUAUUAAGCAAGCUAUUUUUUGCUACACAAAAGCUCUUAAAUAUGAACCUACUAAUGUCCGUUACCUGUGGGAGCGAUCAAGCCUUUAUGAACAAAUGGGGGAUCAUAAAAUGGCAAUGGAUGGUUAUAGGCGUAUUUUAAACCUUUUAUCUCCAUCUGAUGGAGAACGUUUUAUGCAGUUGACUAGAGAUAUGGCAAAGAGUUACUAUGAAGCCAAUGAUGUUACUUCAGCUAUUAACAUAAUUGAAGAAGCUUUUUCAAAACAUCAGGGUCUUGUUUCCAUGGAAGAUGUUAAUGUAGCAGCUGAACUAUAUAUUUCUAACAAACAGUAUGACAGAGCUUUGGAGGUAAUAACAGAUUUUUCUGGAAUUGUGCUGGAAAAAAAAACUACAGAAGAAGGCACUUCAGAAGAGAAUAAAGCUGGUGAAAAUGUUACCUGCACUAUACCUGAUGGUGUGCCAAUAGAUAUCACAGUGAAGUUGAUGGUCUGCCUUGUACAUCUCAACAUUCUUGAACCACUUAAUCCUCUCUUGACAACACUAGUGGAACAGAAUCCUGAAGAUAUGGGAGACCUCUAUCUAGAUGUUGCUGAAGCUUUUCUGGAUGUUGGUGAAUAUAAUUCUGCACUUCCCCUCCUUAGUGCACUAGUCUGCUCUGAAAGAUACAACCUCGCAGUAGUUUGGCUUCGGCAUGCAGAAUGUUUAAAGGCCUUAGGCUAUAUGGAACGCGCUGCGGAAAGCUAUGGCAAAGUGGUUGAUCUGGCCCCCCUUCAUUUGGAUGCAAGAAUUUCACUUUCCACCCUUCAGCAGCAGCUGGGCCGUCCUGAGAAAGCUCUGGAAGCUCUGGAACCAAUGUAUGAUCCAGAUACUUUAGCACAGGAUGCAAAUGCUGCACAGCAGGAACUGAAGUUAUUGCUUCAUCGUUCUACUCUAUUGUUUUCCCAAGGCAAAACGUAUGGUUAUGUGGAUACCUUACUUACCAUGUUAGCCAUGCUUUUAAAGGUAGCAAUGAAUAGAGCUCAAGUUUGUUUGAUAUCUAGCUCCAAAUCUGGAGAGAGGCAUCUCUACCUUAUAAAAGUGUCAAGAGACAAAAUAUCAGACAACAGUGACCAAGAGACCGCAAAUUGUGAUGCAAAAGCAAUAUUUGCUGUACUCACAAGUGUCUUGACAAAAGAUGACUGGUGGAACCUUCUGUUGAAGGCCAUAUACUCCUUAUGCGACCUAUCCCGAUUUCAAGAGGCUGAGUUACUUGUGGAUUCUUCACUGGAAUAUUAUUCAUUUUAUGAUGACAGGCAAAAACGCAAAGAAUUAGAAUACUUUGGUCUGUCUGCUGCAAUACUGGACAAAAAUUUCAGAAAGGCAUACAACUAUAUCAGGGUGAUGGUAAUGGAAAAUGUCAAUAAACCUCAGCUCUGGAACAUUUUCAAUCAGGUUACCAUGCAUUCCCAAGAGGUACGACAUCAUCGCUUCUGUCUUCGCCUAAUGCUGAAAAACCCAGAUAAUCAUGCCCUGUGUGUCUUAAAUGGACACAAUGCAUUUGUAUCUGGUAGUUUUAAGCACGCGCUUGGACAAUAUGUGCAAGCCUUUCGCACCCAUCCCCAUGAACCUCUCUAUAGCCUGUGUAUAGGCCUAACGUUUAUUCACAUGGCCUCUCAGAAGUAUGUAUUAAGGAGACAUGCUCUUACUGUGCAGGGCUUUUCCUUUCUUAAUCGAUACCUCAGCAUACGUGGGCCUUGCCAGGAAUCAUUCUACAAUUUGGGCCGUGGCCUUCACCAGCUGGGGCUGAUUCAUCUUGCAAUCCACUAUUAUCAGAAGGCCUUGGAUCUCCCUCCACUUGUGGUAGAGGGUAUAGAAGUUGACCAGUUAGACUUACGAAGAGAUAUUGCCUACAACUUGUCUCUAAUUUAUCAGAGCAGUGGGAAUAUUGGAAUGGCUCAAAAGCUUUUGUAUACCUAUUGCUGUAUAUAAAGUACCUCAGCUGAGAAAGAAGCAUUGGUGCUGUGUGUGGACCAAUAUUUUCUGUCUAAGGGCUAAGUAUUAACUAAGUAUUAACCUGAAAUAGAAAUGACAGUUUGAGAAUUAUCAUUGUAUUUAAUUUUUAAUAUGUGAUAGUGAUCUUUUGAUAGAUAUGCAAAAGUAUCAUUCCAAGAGUUUGUACAUUGUUCUAUCAUUUUCUUUUAGCAUUAUUUUUAGUAAAAUUGUCCCCAAAGGUGAAAUGGAGAAUGUUAGCCUUUAAGCCAGCUUUGAGCUAAAUGUGCUCAUUUUUUACUCAUACCAUUUAUUCAUCUGUGCAUUCAUUACUAUGUAUUAAACACCUAUGUACCUUGGAAUAUAGUAAGACAGAUGUGACCUCUCAAUACAGUUCUCUAAAUACAGAACUUGAGCAAUAUAUUCAUUUGAAAGAAAUGUUUGCUACAUUUCUACCUACAUUAUCAUUGACCUUUCCAUUUCUUAGUGCCCUGUUACUAUUGCAUGGGCAGUUUAUCAGGUACAUAGAAAAGAUGUUAUUGAAGGAAAGACAAGUUGGGACUCUUUCUCAUAUCAGCACAAUUAUGUAAUUGACUUAGCUCCUAAGAAAAUUAUUUGAAAUGGUUAUAUAGUAGGAAGACACAUAAUUGAGUUAAUCUUUUACUUUUCACCUCCAUGUGUCUUAGUUGUAUAGAUUGCUGGGCAUAAUUCAGAACAUCCUGUUCCAAGACAAAUUAAAAAAUGCAUUACAAAUGUUGGUGGCUUUCUGACAAAAAAAAUGUAGAAAAGAGAGGACCACAUUUAAUAAUAUGACCUAGUUUGCAUUUCAAGAUCACUAGGAAUGUAGGAAGAUUAGAGAAUUCUAUGUAUGGAGUAAAGUAUUGCUGUGAUAAAGUUAAAAAGAUAGAUGAAAAUUUUUUACUUAAAUACGUUAUGUUCUUGAAUCUAAGAUAACAAUAGUUUUAAGAUAUACUUUUGGUUUACUAACAGUUUUUGAGAGUUUCUUUUUAGGGAAAAAAUGCUGUAAUAAGUGUGUGUUUGGAUUAUAUGACGUAUUCUAAUUGUGAGAGGGAAACACGUAUGAGACUUAGGAUCAAAGAAAUAGUAUGAGGGCUUUUUAGGAAUUCUUACCACUACAAAGUAGUUGAAAAGCAAAAUUUGUAUAUAAUAAGUAAAUGUAUCAUGUAUUCUGUGUGUGUGUGUGUGUAUUUAAAUGUGUAUAUAAUUUAAAUAAAUUGUAUUUUUAUAAUUGUU